AUGGAGAUAGAACUGUCUACAACGCACUCCCGGACUCCCCAUGCUAUCGUUGAGCUUACUGCCGUGAAUUCGGACCGAGCAGACGACGGGAAGGGGACAGAAUAUGUCGAAACUGACGCUGUGGAGGCGGGGGGCUCACAGGUCGACCGUGCACUGCCGUCAACAACGUUCCCGGCGUCGACAGCCGCGAUGAAACGCAAGUCGAGAAUCCGAUUUGCCACUCUGUGCUGGUCAAUGUGUCUCGCCGGAUGGAACGACGGCACCACUGGUCCUCUACUACCUCGCAUCCAGUCUGUUUAUCACAUCGGCUUCUUCCUCGUGUCGCUGAUAUUCGUGUUCAACUGCGUCGGCUUCGUAUCCGGCGCUACUGCGAACGUCUGGCUCACGGAUCGCUUCGGCUUCGGCAGGGUAUGCGCCGUUUUGCAGGUCAUAGGUUAUGCGUUGGAAGCUCCUGCUCCCCCGUUCCCAGUCUUCGUUCUGGGAUACAUGAUCAACGGCUUUGGUUUGGCCCUACAAAACGCGGGAUCGAAUGGAUACGUUGCUGCCCUCAAGGAAAACACUGCAACAAAAUUCGGUAUCUUGCACGCCAUCUAUGGUGUCGGCGCGUUUUCUUCCCCUCUCAUCGCGACACAGUUCGCGCAGCGCAGUCAUUGGUCCUUCCACUAUCUUGUUCUGCUCGGCAUCGCACUCUCCAACACAUUCUCCCUGAUCGCGGUGUUCCGCUUCAAAGACCAAGACACAUGUCUGGCAGAGAUAGGGCAAUCCCCGGACCAUGAAAGCGGCAACUAUGCGAACAAUAAGUAUAAGCAGAUAUUCGGACUGCGCGCGCUCCACCUCAUGGCGAUCUUCAUCCUGAUCUAUGUCGGAGUCGAGGUUACACUCGGAGGGUGGAUCGUGACGUACGUUAUACAGUUACGUGGGGGAGGCGCGUCGUCCGGAUAUAUCUCGUCUGGCUUCUUCGGAGGAUUGACUCUAGGCCGUGUCGGCUUGCUCUGGGUGAACAGAAAGGUCGGCGAACGACGCGCCAUCUUCAUGUAUGCGGUCCUCGCAAUUUCACUCGAGCUUGUGAUCUGGCUCGUUCCCUCCCUCGUCGGUGGUGCCAUCGCCGUCUCCUUCGUCGGAGUCCUUCUCGGGCCCAUCUACCCCAUCGUCAUGAACCACGCUGGACGCGUGCUGCCUCCCUGGCUCCUCACAGGAUGCAUCGGGUGGAUCGCCGGCUUCGGCCAGGCGGGCUCGGCUGCGCUGCCCUUCCUCACUGGCGCGCUCGCAUCGAAGGUCGGGAUCAAGAGUCUCCAGCCUCUGUUGGUAUCUAUGAUGGGAUUCAUGGUGUUCCUGUGGGUGCUGGUGCCGAGCACUCCGCGACGCAUUGACUGA